UUAUCACCUCGACCCUCUAUCCAACCCUUUAUGGCUUCCUCAUUGAUUUCCUUAACUCCAAAAAUAUUUACUACGCUUCCUGAUGUGUCCCAACUUAUAAAUCUAUAUCCACGUGCAAUCCCUUGUGGUUUCACUAAUCUAACUACCAUAACUGUGCCUUUAGAGGCUCAAAUUCUCCUAAGUUUUGGUCCUAACUAUUGCCCUGUAGCACCUCCUACAAUUACCGACUAUUUUGUGGCAUUAAAUCAGUAUCACGAUACCUACCUAGAAUCCCAUAUCGACUUAGGUAUGUAUUGUCGAUCCGAGCUAGAGGAACAUCACAAGUUCCUACAGGUAAUGGAGAACCAUCGUACUCAAACUCCUUUUCAUAAGAUGUUGGUUCAUCUAUUCCAGAUAACUAAACAAUUCUUAGAUAUAAAUCCUAAUUUAUUACUAGUCCAAUCUGACAAAUGUAAAUCAACAAUAUUAAUAUAUAAAGAUGAGUACAUGGAAAAGAUCAAUAAUUGGCUAACAAACUAUAUCGCUAGUGGAUCUUGUAUAUUAUAUCUAGGCAACACUGAUAUCCUUGGGCGCCAAAUACGGGGUUUAUUUCGCCGAGUUGCUCGUCCAUUGUGUGCACUAUACGUACGUAACAGGACUUUAUUCCCAAAUCCUAUUUAUGUGUCUCUUAGAAAACUCUUAAAUGAGACACCUACCAUGCCUUAUCUUUAUGGGACUAUAAAAACCCAUAAAAACGAUAACCCAAUCCGUCCGAUUUGUAGUCCGCUCCAUUGGUACACCUCUCCACUCCACACUCUAUGCCAAUAUUUCCUUAAUCCAAUAUUGAAAGAUAGACUAUCCUGCCAUAAUAUAAGUAAUCUAGAUCAUCUAACUGACCAUCUAUUGCAAUUACGUCCUUUACCUUAAAUCUUUCACUUAAAGAUGAAAUCGAGAGAUCCAUCUUACUUCGGUUUGUUAAGUCAACUAAAUUAUCUGAUAGAGUUAAAAACAAACUCAUUUUAGAAGAAGAAGACGACACAAUACCAAAAUUUAUUCAAAAGCUGAAAAAUAUCUAUAAACCUAAUCAAAAUCCAUUAACAGUCCAGAAUAAUUUAGCACGUUUGCGACUAGGUACCCAAACUGUUGCACAUUUUGUUUCUAAAAUUGAGGAACAA